AUAACGUUCGCAACUCGCGUGGAGUGUAGACUGGCGGGCGAGUACGUCUACCACCGACGCCGGUUAUCUCCUUAGCCUUUAUCGCUGGCCUAAAGAAUGUAAAAUAUACAUGAUUUUACAUAUUGUAAUAAUAUUAGAGCAAAGUGCAAUACUGCAGAUUUUUUUUUUAUCGCUCGAGUGAUGGAGAUCUAACACUGUCCAGAAAAAAAAAAUAACCAUACGGUGGCAGUGUGUAGUACAUCACGUAAUACGAUAAUACGAGGACGCGCGCGCCGACCGACCGUCGACCGGUGGUGUGACUAUAGUGUGUAUAGAGUGUGUGUGUGUGUGUGUGCCGUGUGUGUUCGCGUGUGUGUACUGUGCAUGUGUGAGUGAGAGCCGUACUGCCUUGGUGCCGUGUGCGUGCGUGUUUGCCGUGUGCGUCCGUGUCCGUCGCGUACGUUCCGCAAACUUUUUGAAUAAUUCACGACGCCCGCACACCGUAGGCGGUAUUUUUCAUCAUCAUCGUCGUCGUCGUCGACAGAGAAGUCAGGACCCGGCGCGCGGGCUGCUCAGUGCGACGACGACUACCCACGCACACGUCGCGAAUACCGCUCUUCGGAAGGCACACUCGACCGUUUUCCCCGAAUAUUUCGGGAGCUCCGAGCACCAAGUCCGUGUUCCAUCGACACGAGAUCCUAUCCAUGUCGCUCUGCGUCCACCGGCGCCAACGUCACCACAACCACUGAUCGUACUCGUAGGCGAACAAACGACAGCGGCCGCGGAACAUGUCUGUGGCCGUUUUGACUGCCAUCGCGGUUUUCAUCAUCGCCGUGUUUCGUAUGCUCAACGUAUCCAGCCAACCUCAAAAACCAUCCUUCUUUUGCAGGGACAAACAGUUCCUCAACAGAGUCCUCAAAUUCGCGCCCCAACUUGAGGAGCCAUAUGUACCAACUCGAUUGUGGGGAUUCAGUGGUCAUGUUCAAACUAUUUUGUACAGUGUUUUUGGUAGAGUGAGAUGCCCAUGUCCUAAAGGAGACAGAAGAUUCUUAAUUCUUGACGAUGGAACUACUCUUACAUAUGAUCUAUUUAAGCCAACUUUGAAUGAACCAGACCUAGAGGGCAUUACUGUAGUUAUAGUUCCUGGAAUUUGCAACUCUUCAGAGAGUGAUUAUAUUCGAACAUUUGUUAAUUAUACUCAAAACCAAGGCUAUAGAUGUGCAGUUCUUAACCAUGUGGGAGCUUUGCAUAAUGUACCUGUUACUGCUUCUAGAAUAUUCACAUAUGGUCACACAGAUGAUCUUCAUGUAAUGCUUUGCAAUUUAUCAGAACAUUAUCCAAAUACUAAAAUUAUAAUUAUUGGAUAUAGUAUGGGUGGUAACUUGGUUACUAAAUACCUUGGAGAAUCUCGUCAUAAUAGACCAAGUAGUGUUAUUGCUGGAGUAUCCAUAUGUCAACCAUAUGAUGCAUUGAAGGCUACUGGUGUUUUAUUACAUUGGCAAAACUUCCGAAGACUUUAUUUGUACGCAUUAACAGAAGCAAUAAAAGCUUUAAUUUUGAAACAUAGAAGUAAACUAUUGGCUGAUGACAUUAAAGAACAAUAUUCAUUAAUUGAAAAAGAUAUAAUAUCUGCUGCUACAUUACCAGAACUUGAUGAUGCUUAUACCAGAAAAGUCAAUAAUUUUAAAAACCUUCAUGAGUUUUAUCGAUGGUCGAGUUGCUUGCAUUACAUAAACAAUGUAAAAACACCAAUGAUAUUUAUUAAUUCAAGAGAUGAUCCAUUGGUGCCGGAAGAUUUAUUAAUACCUAUUCAAAAUUUUGCAAAAUCAAAAGACAAUAUAUUGUAUAUGGAACUGAUGCAUGGUGGUCACCUUGGAUUCUUUGAAGGGGGAUUUAUGUAUCCUAAUCCUAUAGCCUGGUUGGAUCGGACCUUAGUAACAUUAUUGCCGGGACUCAGAGAACAUUGUCUUGAUGAUAUGAAAAAAACAGCAGUUUACUGAAUUCAUCCACUAUAUACAAGUUUAUGUAUAUGUAUUUAUACUAUGCUAUAAAUGGGAUUUGUAUCAUUAUUUAUUACACUACUAUUGAUGUAAUACCUGAUCUGUUAUAGAAUAGAUUAAAUAGUAGGUAGUAUCAAGAAAUUUUGUGUUUGAGCAUAUAUUUCUUAAAUUUCAAAUUGAACCACUUAAAAUAAGCAAAAUUAGUGAAAUAAACCCUACUAUUUAUACAGCUUGUUAUUUGAGUAUACCUUUUUGUUUUUAUUAAUUAUUUAAAAACAUCAUUGUGAGUUAUAACUUAUAUUUCACCUUAUUCCUUCUUCAAUUAUUUCUAAAAUUUGAAUUUAAAUUUUCACAAUAUACAUUUAUUUAAACGCUCUUUAUGUUUUUCCUUAAUUUUCAUGUAUGUUUGAAUGCUUUGAGUUGCACGCAAACUAAAACUUUCUUAUUAUUUCAUUAUUAUACAUAACAUUUGUAUGUACUGAUCAAUGUAUUGAUUUAACAUAAUAAUACAUUAGCACUGUACUAUAAAAUAUUAUCUUAACCCUUGUACAUAUUAUAUAUUAUAUAAUAUAUUCCUAUGAAAAUUUUGAAUGACAUUCUAAGUGUUUACAAUUAAACUAAUGGACUUUUUGCCGAUAAUCAACUUUUUUUAGAACAUUUUAAUAAAAAAUUAAAUGUUUAUUCUUGGAAAUUUGAGCAUUUUUUCUGUUAAAUUUACUUAUUAUUAUUUAUAAAUUACCAACUGCAUUUUUUAAAAAAUAUCUUUUAUAAUGAAAAAUUAUCGUCAGUUAAAUAAAUAAAUGUAAUCUAUUAAAUAGAUUCUAUUUCAGUACAAACAAUGAAAAUAUGAAUACAAUUUGUUAUUUUACCUUAGUGUUGGAAAAAAGGUUUUUUGUUGUCAUGUAUCAACUUGACUAAAACAAUAAUAAUUUAUAUAAAAAAAGACAAUAAUUUAUUAUAUAUAUUUUUUAAAUUUAUAUUCUUUAAUUAUUAUUAUUUUUAUUUUCAUUUUCAUUUUAUAAUUUAGUUAAUCUUGUUCAAAAUAUUUAUUAAAAUAUCAUUUAGUUAUUGUUUUUUUUUUAAAUUGUUUUUUUAAUGAUAAUAAUAAUAAUACAAAUAUGUUUUAUAUUCUUUUAGAACUAAAUUAUAAUUUUUUCACUUUUUUAUUAAUUUUAAUUUAUUUUGUUCUAUCAGAACGAAAAAGAAAAUUUUUUAUUCCAAAGACUAAUUUUCAGUUAAUGAAUAGAAUAGAAUAAAUAUUAUACUCUAUUCAGGAUCAUUGAUUACCGGCCGGCCAACAAAAACUGGUCGUGUUGGCACAUUCCCACCUAUAGAUGCACAUCGAACGUGAUUUAUGAUGAUUUUCGACCAUUAAUAUCCAAUAACAAAGCAUCUAGUAGUUGCCUAGGGGGUCCCACGGGUUCAGCAGCUCAGUCUGCAUGUGCGAAACAGGUAUACUCUUAACCUGAAUAGAGUAUAGUUCAAUAUCUAAUUUUUCUAUCUCGUAUAUUUGAUGUUUUCAAUAAAUAUUAACUUAACAUAAACACUUAAUUUGUUCAUUCCAACACAAUUAUAUGGUUUCUCUUAAUAUGAAAGUUCCUUAAUUCAUUUAUAUUAAUUUAUUUUUUUAAUUCAGGUUUUUUCAUUUGUACAACUGACAUACAUCGCCAAUAAUUCAUAUAAUACAUUUUUGUCAUUUUAACACAUAAUUGUGUCUUUUUUAUCCCCCCCCUAAUUAUAAUUUAUUUAGAAGAUUUUUGAUAUUUUCCAUUACGAUUUUGUUAAUGAAAUUAAUUAAAAAUAUCAAACUAACAUUAUAGGGUUUUUGUAUUCUAUUUUUUUUUCAAGUUGAGAAAUGAUGCAUUAACAAAAAUAUCAUGAUAUUAUUGUAGAACUAGCGUAUGGUAAGCUCAACUUUAAUGUAACAAAUUAUGAUUUUAGCGAGCCUUAUUUGUUACCUCUUUAUUAAUUUAUAAACAGAUAAUUGAUUGAUUAUGUUUUGUUUAUCAUGGUUCAAUAUCUUGGACUAAUGAAAAUUAAAUUACAUUUGUAUGAUUACUCAUUAAGUUAUAUAUAUAUUUAUAUAUAUAUAUUUAUGUACCUAUAUUUUAUUUUGUAUUUAUUUGUUUUAUUUUAAAUGAAAGCCUAUUUAUUGUUUAUUUUAAGAUAUUAAUAUGACUGUAUAUGCAACUUAUUAUUUAUACAUACAUUACAUACAUAACUUAAGUACAGGGUACCUAAGAAAGCUAAAAAACUUUUUGAGUGUACAAAUAACUAAAUGUUUUAAACUAUUCUAAAACCCUGUAUGUAAACUUAGAAUGUUAAAAAAAAAAUAAUCUGUUUUAAAUAUAUCUAAUGUUACAGUGUA